AGGAAGCCACAGGAGCUCUAGUUGGAAAGGGUCAACGCCGCCCGUGGCGCCACGAGAAGAACCGCGCUCGAGAGAGCUUCGAGUUCGGCCAGCCUCAUUCGCUCAGACGUCGUCGACGCGAGGAAGACAGUGAGAAGCAGCCGCCAGGGGUCGCUGGUGUGGCGACUAGAGGCAGCCCCUCGGCGCGGCCGAUGGGCGGGCCUGCGAGCGAGAGAGACGCAAACAACUUUUUGCAGCGAGUUGCAGGGCAGGCACCGGCCCGCCGUGCAUGAGCUGUAACCUGAUCCGGGAGCGAGACGCUGGAAGGCGAGAGGGAGCGAAAAAGCGGCUGCGGAGAAGGAGGAGAGGAAUCCUCGCCAAGGAGCCGACGAGGGGGGAUGGUGGUGGCCGCCCCCUCCACCCGCUCCUAGAGGCGCCCAGACCACGGUGGAGCCGGCAAUGGGAAGAAGAGAAGCCGCCUGAGCCUCCGGCGAACUUUUCUCCUCCUCCACGCCGGGCAGUCGGAGCUGAGCAGGCGGAUGGAGGAUGCGCUCUCCCCGGCGGGCUGUGUGAGCAGGAGGCGGCGGCGGAGGAAGCGACGGGGACAAGGACGAUGAUGAAGAAGAAGCUGCUGCCGCCGCCGCCGCCGCCACAGCCGCAGCGGCACUACAGCACGGGUUGUCCGGAGCCCCGGCCUCAUGUGGCCCCGUCGGCCCUUGGGGGUCCCGGGCAGCAGGGAGUGGGCUGGAGGCGGCGGCGGCCCCUCUCCCUGAUGCCCUUCCUCUCCCUCCGCGACUACGGCUUCUGCAUGGCCGCCCUGCUGCUCUUCUGCCUGGGCUCCCUCUUCUACCAGCUCAACGGGGGGCCCCCUCACUUUCUGCUGGACCUGAGGCACUAUCUGGGAAAUUCCACUUACUUGGAUGAUCAUGGGCCGCCCCCUCGAAAGGUACUUCCAUUUCCUAGCCAAGUGGUGUACAACAGGGUUGGAAAGUGUGGGAGUCGAACUGUGGUUUUGCUGUUAAGAAUUCUAGCUGAGAGACAUGGGUUCAACUUGGUUACAUCAGAUAUUCAUAACAAGACAAGACUGACCAAGAAUGAACAGAUGGAAUUGAUUAAAAAUAUAAGCACUGCCGAACAGCCCUAUUUAUUCACUAGACAUGUUCAUUUCCUCAAUUUUUCAAGAUUUGGAGGAGACCAGCCAGUAUACAUCAAUAUUAUUAGAGAUCCCAUUAACCGGUUUUUAUCCAACUAUUUUUUUCGUCGGUUUGGAGACUGGAGAGGGGAGCAGAACCAUAUGAUCCGCACCCCAAACAUGAGACAAGAUGAGAGAUAUUUAGAUAUUAAUGUAUGCAUUCUUGAGAACUACCCUGAAUGUUCCAAUCCCAGGUUAUUUUAUAUUAUUCCAUAUUUCUGUGGACAGCAUCCAAGGUGCAGGGAGCCUGGCGAAUGGGCCCUCGAAAGAGCAAAAGUGAAUGUGAAUGAAAAUUUCCUACUUGUGGGGAUUCUGGAAGAAUUGGAGGAUGUGCUGCUUUUACUAGAAAGAUUUUUACCUCAUUAUUUCAAGGAUGUACUCAGCAUCUACAAAAACCCAGAACAUAGGAAACUCGGCAAUCUGACUGUGACCGUGAAAAAGACCGUCCCUUCUCCAGAAGCCAUACAAAUCCUGUACCAGCGCAUGAGAUAUGAAUAUGAGUUCUACUACUAUGUGAAAGAGCAGUUUCACCUGUUAAAGCGCAAGUUUGGACUUAGAUCUUCAAACAGUAACUCUUCUCCCAGGCUAGAAUUUGUCAUUUCUUCUCCUCUGGAAACUGAAGAGCCAGUAUUGGAAGAUGAGGAGCAGGAUGACGAAAAGUGGUUGGAAGAUAUCUAUAAAAGGUGAUGCAAGCAUCACUUCCUCUUCUUACCAAUGCUUCCAAAUUUUUCAAAAACUAGUGUUAAGAAAAUUUCGUAAGGAAGUAAGUUAAUGUGCAGUCAUAUUGAAAAAGAUUUUUUGUCCCCAGGUUGCAGUGAUAGAGUAACCCCUCCCAUUUUGGGAGGGUUUGUUUGUUAAAUCUGUGUUUGUUUGCCUUGGCUGCAUAUGAUUGUUGUAGCUAGGACAUACUUCUUAAUGCAACAUUUUAUUUUACCACAAAUAUUUAAAUUUGUGAUGUCAUUGUAAAAUGUUUUAUGGGGGUAUCUACUUGCAAACUGACAUAUAUCACAGCUUAUGUCAUACACAAAAAUUGUUUGCCUGUGCUAGUACCUAUACUGAAUCUAUUGCAGCCUCAUUUGAGCACUCGGAUCAAAGGAUUGUGUCACUCCUGAAUAGGGAAUGAUAUUGCGCUGAAAUAAAAAAAGAAAUGCAUUGCCUCUACAGCAUAGGAGAAUGGAAAACCAGUUAGACUAUGUUUCUUCUGAGGAAGCCAUCCACAGUAAGGGCACUAUCAACUGUGCAAUUCAAUAUGUGGGGAAAUUUAGCUGAUGAUGCUGUUAAAUAUCUGACUUUCUCAGAAAUCCAGCAGCAUUUGAAGUCGAUGAAAGCUAGACGGUAUAAUGUUGUUCACUGAAUUUGGUGGUAGUGGUGAUGUUUACUGAAGAUUUUAAAAGACUGGGAGUGGGGGCAUGGAACAUUUUUCUUUAUUUUAAAGGGAGAAAUCUUCUUGUGAUAUUAUUCUCAAGCUUGUUUAUAGACAGAUACCAUAAAGGAUGAGAGCAGGAAUAUUCAAGCAUCUUUUGAAAAAUGAAUGGUUCUUUUUAGUUGAAAGAGCAUUUCUGAAACGGUAUAAAUGUAUGAGCUAUUUAUGAUGAAUUAGUUCCAACUAAAAGAUAUUCUGACUAGAAUGUCUAGUCUCUCACUAAGAUGUCUCAAUACUCCGGUUGUGUGAAAAUCCAAUACUAAACAGUAGCUGACAGCACAUGUGUAAGGAGGUUCUGCGGGGACACAUCAGAAACCUUCAUGCAACUCCCCAAGUCUUCAUGGACGUGGGCUGUUGCACCACAGGGCUCACACUUCCAACCACUGCUCAUACUCCACCAGUUCUCUGCAAGAUUGGAAACAUGUUGCUGAGGAUCAGCAACAUGUUUCUGAUCUUGCAGCGCACUUCUGGAAUUUGAGCAGCAGUUGGAAGUGUGCAGACUGGGAGUUGCACAAGGUCUCCUGGUGAUGUGUCGCCACAGAGCCACACUUUGUUAGGACGCUUUGUUAGGGCAGUACAGAAAAGUACAGACAGUUUUCAGUCCACAUUGUCACCUGUUUCCCAGUGGCAGAUAUCUAGAACUUGUAUCUAGCCAUGGGCAGGUACUCUUUAGUUCAAAGCAACAGAGCAGGAAAUGUAUAGAUUCUUACACAUUCCUACAUGUGUGCUGGACAGAGUAGUAUAGUCAGCAUAUGGUAAGAUAAUAUUAAAUUACUACUCUCGGAAACAAGGACGGAGGAGACAUAGGCUCACCCAUCCACCCCACUGUUUAAUCAGAGAUACCCAACCAGAUAUUGCCUCUUAUGUUGGUGGUGUGGAUCCUUUGGUAAGUUCCCUUCCCAGAGCCUUUGGGAUUGGGACAUGAAUAUAGUAAACCAUAAAGAUAUAUUGUACUACUUCUGGCAAGAUUGAACACACAAAAUUGUGUUAAGGCUCAAUGACAACAUAGGUAGAUUAUCUUGUCACUAGAUAUAUCCUAAUUUUAUGGUUCCAAUGCACUACUCUAAAGGAACAAAUUGGGAGAGGAAAUACAGUUAUCCAAGAUGCUGCAUUGUAUAUUUAAGUGGUUUCUAUGAAAUUACAUUUAAAGAGUAAUAAUUAGUUUACACACUGUGGAAUUUUUAUUUUGGGAAGAAAAUUAAUUUUCACACUUUAAAAAAAAGUACAAAUUUUUAUCCUUAUUGCAACAGCCCUGGGCCACUUAACAUGUUCACAUUCUCUGCAAUUUCACUGUCGCUUAAAUCUAUUUUUAUCAGUCUAUUUAAUAUUAUUUUCUGCCAUGAAUACUUUGCAAUGUUAAAAGUUACAGCUGUUGGGCAAUUUACUUGCUAGGUUUUAAUGUUGUAUAUUUUUUGUACAAGCAACAUGGCCUCUACUCCCAGAAAGGUACUUCAUAAAUUUAUUUGGCACAUAAGCUUUUAAGAUUCUUAACACAACAGGCCAUUUGUCUGUCAUUAAAUAGAUUUUAUAAUUUACUUUAAACAUUUUGGAAGCACAUUUAAGUUUGUUAAACUUUUGACUUAUUUAUUGUGACUUUUCAGCACAUUCCAAAUUCUAAGUUGCUCAGGAAAGGAGUGCAUUUAAAUGAUUUAGUUUUAGUUUUAGUUUUUGUUUUGUUUUGGGAUUUUUUUGGUAAUAAAAAUCACUGUUAUAAAGCCUUCAGCCCAUUACAGGCUUUUUGGAAGUGCCAUAUUUGUUGUUUGUAAAUCUCUGUGAGGGAGUAAAAGGUGGGUUCUUGGCAUAUGUGAAGAUAUCGUAUAUGUACAUUAGGUUAGUUGUAAAUGAAGCAGCCUGUGUUUUGAUGAAAUAUUCAUUAACUUAUUCACUGACUUCUUUGAUAUUAAACUACAAGACGUCCAUCUAACCUUUUUUCUUUUAUCCACUAAUAAUUUCCAUUUAGAACCUGUGUUGUGUUCUUCACAGAAUGAAAAUCAAUCAUCCAGCCCCUUUUGGCUAAAUAUAAAGGUGAAAGGGUCUUUCCUUUGAAUCAUCCUGGAAAAGAGUGUAUUAUAAAGCAUAGUUUAUUGGCUUAAGGCCAGACUUCAAGCAGGCUAGUUUGGAAGGACUAUAUUAUACCCUGAAAGCCCAAAAGCGAAGCUUCUUUUAAAUUGUAUGAGAAAUACAGUAAACACUUGGAAUGGUGCUGCUCUUCCAGUGUGCUUUAUUGCUGUCAUGGAAUAAUGUUUAAUGCCUAGUGGGAACAGCUUUCACCCUUGCAUUGCUUUUGACUAGCUAACGUAGAAAUGGGUGUGGUGAUAGUUGAUAUCCAGGCUUACAGCUCUAAAUGUCCAGCAAUCCUCAGGCAAAUUUACAAAGUGUAAAGAAGUUGUGUUUUUCAUGCACAAAAGACAUAAAAUGCUCUAAUGAUUUAAAAAAAGAAACUUAGCUACAAAAUGCAAAAUUGUAUUAAUAAACGGUACAUUUUGGUUUAAUUUAUUUGUUCUGAGGAGGUACAGUUUAAUCGCAGUUGUAUAAAAUGCACUCAGAUAAUUGUGAAACCAUGAAUGUCUUUGUUUCUUUUAAAGGUACAUUACAAUUGUUUUUGAUUUUGUUAAUUCUUUAUCACCUAGUUUUUGUGAUAAAUUACAUUUAUUUGAUGGUAGAAUUUAAUAACUGAGGCCAAUAAAAUCAAAGUGGUACUCUUAAAUUAAGCCAGUUCCAGUUGAUAAAAGUAUAUGACUCCCGGCAUUAUUUAAAGAGCAAAUCUGACUCCCUUUGUUGCUAGUAGAAUCUACACUGAAUGGAGGCUUGUACUCUUGGACCACCGCUACUAUCCACCAAAAACAUUUGAAAAUUAAAUUACAUACAAAUUAAUAAAGGCCUGUGAUUUGCAAGAA